UAAAUGGCAGAAAUAAACCACAAUAAAAGUUACUUCGGAUUCUCCAUAGUUGCUAUAAUACAAACGACCACCAUGCAGGCUACAAAACACUAUAAAUACAUCAAUCAUGAAAUUCUAAGCACAUCAUCUUCUAAGCUCUAACCACACUGAUCUAAUUAAGUUUUCUUUGGCUAAAACUUUCAGCCAUGUCUUUUAAGGCCCUCACACUGACCCUAUAUGUUUUUGCCAUGAUGCAAAUAUCAAGGGCUGGUGACCCUGACAUCCUCACUGACUUCAUAGCCCCUCCAAAUACCACAAUUGAUGGCAACUUCUUCACCUUCACCGGCUUCCGUUCCAUAUUCUCACGAAACACCUCUCUCUCAGAAUUCACAAUUCUGAAGGCAAGUAGAGUACAAUUUCCAGCUCUUGAUGGACAAAGUGUCUCGUAUGCUUUUCUUGAAUUCCCUGGUGGCAGCACCAACCCACCACACACACACCCUCGUUCUGCUGAACUUCUCUUCACUGUUCAGGGUUCCCUCCAAGUAGGGUUUGUGGACACAACAAAUAAACUCUUCACUCAGACACUGCAAACUGGUGACAUGUUUGUGUUUCCAAAGGGCCUCGUGCACUUCCAACUCAAUGCAGAUGCUCAGAAGCCUGCAUUUGCUAUAUCUGCCUUUGGAAGUGCCAAUGCUGGGACUGUGUCGAUUCCUAGCACUCUCUUUAACACUUCCAUUGAUGACAAGGUCUUGGCUUUGGCCUUUAAGACUGAUGUUGCCACCAUUCGAACUUUGAAGAAAGGCUUUGCUCCUAAAGCAUGAUCAUAUGGGUGGCACUAAUUAAUAAUUACCACUUCGUGACAUUUUGCUUGCUUGUAUUUUGCAUUAAUUUCAAUAAGUUGUUCUAUAAAAGGGUGUGAAUGGAAAAUGCUUGAUCUUGUUAUUGUUGUAAUUGUAGUCGCCUGAAAUACAAUAAAGAACUUUCUUGUGUUACCUAUUUAUCAAACGGGUUUUACUAUGCAAA